AUGUCUCAGACCACACCCAUUGACCAACAAACUCACUCUCCCUGUUUUCCCACAUACCUUGCCGAACCCCAAGUACUCACUGAAGCACAAUGGGCACACCGCCUAGCCCUCACUCGUGAACAAACCGACAUCAUCGAUGCCACCGAACUGAUGUCAGAUAGUCACCGUCUCACUGGGUUUGUUGGUAGACGAGCUUACAUGGGACAAAAAUUCUGUAUUGAGUACUGGAGCGGCUUUGCUCAUGGAACACUUGCAGAUAGAAUCCCUGGAAUGACGCUUGAGGAAGAAUUGAACCUUCUCGCUCAACAAGGGUACCUCACCUCCCCUCCCCCAGAUUUGCCGAGCCUUCCCGCGACAACGGGGCAUCCUUUUCCAGGUGGUCACCCCCCAACCUCACCGCAGUCGCCUCAACUAGCAUAUCCCCCAUCUCCGCCAGAUCUUGUUCUACCCGUGCCCACUCCAUCAUCCCCAACUCGUUCCUUCACAACCGACUCAAUAGUCCCCGUAGCCAACGCAGUAGAAGAAUUGCAAGCCAUAUUGAUUCCCACACCCAGCGCCCAGAGCGGGUACUCCUUAUCCCUUCGGGGUGCACACCCGCUCACACAAAUUGCUCUCUGGAAUCGAACAAGAGGUCGACACCCACGUCGAGCAACGGGUCGCCUCAGGUUCGAAGACCAUCGAGGAACAAUGAGGGAACCACCUUGGCUUCUCCGCGUGGGAGCAAAGGACCCUCACCCCGCUCCGAUCACUCUAAUCUUCAUCAUUCACAAUCCUCUUCUGAACAACGCCGUCACCCUCGUCCCCAAUGUUGCUAUGCCUGUCAAGAAUAUGGCCAUCGUGCCAUCUACUGCCGAUACCAUACCUGCUCUAUACUCUUGGGGAUUGGAUGACGAGCACAACGAUCUUGACGAAGACUCACGAUACAAUGUAGACGGAGAACUAGGAGACUUCAGAGCAGUCUAA